AUGAAUCCUGUGCCGGCUGGUGCUUCCCGUCCGUCGGUGUCCUACUAUCUGCCACACCACGCGGUCUUCAAGGCUGACGAUCCCUCGGGAAAAAUACGCGUGGUCUUUAACGCGUCUUUCCGAACUUCCUCCGAUCAUUCACUAAAUGACUGUCUGUUGCCAGGUCCACGGUUGCAGUCUGACUUGUGGAUCAUACUGACCCGAUGGCGAAAAUUCCUAGUCGGAUUCAUGGCCGACAUUGUUAAAAUGAAAUCUUUUAUCCGGGUGAAUCCAGAGGACGUGGAUCUGCAGAGAAUUCUCUGGCGUGCUAGUCCUGCGGAGAGCGUUCGGGAGUUCCGUUCCAGACGGAUCUUCCUGCAAGACCUGUGGCUUGCGGGAUACGGCUGGGACGACCCCCUUCCACCGGAGCUGACGGAGGCCUGGGGUCUCUUCCGCGCGUCACUGCCCGGGCUGGCGGCCUUGCAAAUACCUCGCUGGCUGCAGGUCAGCCCUGAGGACAAGGUAGAGCUGCACGGGUUCUCGGACGCGUCGGAGAGGGCCUACGCGGCGGCCGUUUACGUCCGGGUCACGAAGCAGGAUAGACGAGUGGAGGUGACCUUGCUGACAGCCCGAACCAAGGUGGCGCCAAUCAAAACACAGAGCGUGCCUCGAUUGGAGCUUUGCGGGGCCGUUCUGUUGGCUCGGUUACUACGCCGGGUGGCUCGAGACCUCGACAUGGAGGGCGUACCCGUCGUCGCUUGGACGGAUGCUCGGGUCGUCCUCUGCUGGCUGCGGUCGCAUGCGUCGCGCUGGCGACCGUUUGUGGCACACCGGGUGGCUGAGCUGCAGGACCUGAUUCCGAGUGACCAAUGGAGAUACGUCCCCACCGCUGCGAACCCGGCCGACUUAGCGACUAGAGGGAUUCCGGUCUCGGAGCUCCUCGGUUUAAAUCUAUGGUGGAGGGGUCCCGGAUGGCUCCGGGAUGAGCCCUCCACGUGGCCGGUGACGGGCGACCUUGGUUCCCACCACGAGGAGGAGGAGAGACGGGUAAUACAUCUGGCGGUUCCGGAGGAACGAGAGAAACUCAUCGAAGAUCGGUUCUCAACCUUGACUCGGCUAGUCCGCGUCGUCGCCUACUGUUACCGGUUCUUCCGGCGCGCUCGCGGUGUCAGGGACCGAAGCGGGUUCAUGACCAGUGCGGAGUUGGAAGCCAGCCUGCUCGUGAUGGUGAGAGUGGCGCAGCGACAGGAGUUUCUGGGGGAGCUGGGAGCGCUUACGGCGGGCGGCCCGCUGCCGAGUGGCUCGCCUCUGCGUGCGUUGAGCCCGCUCUUGGACGAGAAUGGAUCUUUGCAAGUAGGAGGACGGCUUCAGUCGGCUCAGUUGCCCUUCUCGAAGAAGCACCCGUUGAUUCUUCCAAGGGAGGGUCACCUCACCGAACUGGUCCUUCGCGACGCGCAUGCGGCGACCUUGCAUGGGGGACUACAGCUCAUGCGGAACUACCUCCUUUGCCGCUUCUGGAUUGUGGGGGUGGCUGCUUGA